UCUGUUAAAUUUGCCAGAACAACGCCAUCUGAAAUUAUGACAUUGGAUUCUGGCAGAACUUUGGACAUCGAAGACAAUGCCAAUGAGAUUGUUUUAGAAGAUUUCAACGCCAACCGAGCUCAAAGUCGAAAAUCACGCCAAGUCAUACGCAAUAAAAACUUACCCAAAAUCACGAAAACAUCAAAUUCAAAUGGGGUAAUAGGUAAUGUUUCUGGAAACGAAAAGGGCGUUGAGGAGGGUGGGGAUGUCUGUGGGAAUGCGCCUGGAGUGGGUGUUGUUUAUGUUAAGACAUGGGGGUGUGCUCAUAAUAAUUCAGACAGCGAGUAUAUGGCGGGUCUAGUGAGCGAGUACGGAUAUACUGUUACUACACAGGAUGAUGAAAGGUUCGAUGCCGAUUUGUGGCUGCUGAACAGCUGCACAGUGAAGAGUCCUGCCGAGAUGCACUUCCGCAACUUCAUCCACGAGGGACAGAAUCGAGGAAAGGGAGUGGUGGUGAGUGGCUGUGUGGCCCAGAGUGAGCCUAACUCCCCCUACCUGGAGGGCUUAAGUAUAGUGGGGGUGCAACAGAUCGAUAGAGUUGUAGAAGUGGUCGAGGAGACUCUGAAGGGGCAUACAGUUCAAUUACUUGGCAGUAAAAAGAACGGCGGUGGCAAGAAGCAGGGCGGAGCUAGACUGGAUCUGCCCAAGAUCAGGAAGAACCCUUUGAUCGAGAUACUGGCUAUCAACACUGGGUGCUUAAACAGGUGCACCUACUGCAAAACCAAACAUGCCAGAGGAGAACUGGGAAGUUAUCCAGUGGAAGACUUAGUAGAGAGAGCCAGAGUCAGUUUCCAAGAGCAAGGUUGCAAGGAACUGUGGAUCACUAGUGAGGAUACUGGUGCCUAUGGUUUGGACAUCGGAUCCAACUUACCACAGCUCCUCAGAAGUCUCCUGGAUGUAACUCCUGACGAUUGCAUGAUUCGAGUUGGAAUGACAAAUCCACCGUACAUGCGAAGAUACCUAGAAGAAAUCGCAAUUAUUCUGAAUCAUAAGAACUUUUAUAGUUUCUUGCACGUCCCUGUCCAGAGUGGAAGUGAUGCUGUUCUAACAGAUAUGAAAAGAGAAUAUUGCAAAGAAGAUUUCUGCGAAAUUGUUGAUUUUCUGAAAGCAGAAGUUCCUGGAGUUACCAUAGCAACUGAUUUCAUAUGUGGAUUCCCAACUGAAACAGACGAAGAUUUUGAGGAGUCUCUAGAAUUACUGAGAAAAUACAAAUUUCCUUCUGUUUUCAUUAACCAGUUUUUCCCCAGACCCGGAACUCCGGCUGCCUUCAUGAGGCAGAUUCCAGGACAAGCUAUCAAGAAACGAACAGCUGCUAUGAGUUCGUUGUUCAAGGCUUACUAUCCUUAUGAAGGACGAAAAGGGAAAAUUUACUACAUUCUGGUGACUGAUGUUUCCUUUGACAAGAAACAUUACAUUGGACACAAUAAGUGCUAUGAACAAGUUUUGAUCCCGAUGAAGGAAGAGUUGAUGGGAACAUGGGUCAAAGUCCAAAUUAUAGAUUCCUCUAAAUUUAGCAUGCACGGAAGAAUAAUUGAAAGAAAUGUUACUUCUACAAUUUUGAAUGCAGAUGUUUCGUCUAUUUCGUCAAAGAUUUUAACAGCUAUGCAAGAACUGUCAUGCAAUAACUUUUCUUGGAAAAAUUUGAAUAGUAUUGUCAUAAUCACGAGUUUGCUGUUUUCAAUUUCCUUGCCUUUGCUCUUGAUGUAUAGGAAAGGUGGUUUUAGGUUGAAAUAAACUUUAUAAGAUAGAGUUUUCAUUUGUAGCUAAUAACUUGUUUAGACAAUUUGAAAAUGUUCCCUCUAA